GCGGGAGUUGCGGCGGCGGCAAUUUCAACUGUUUGUAAUUUCUAAGUGCAGUUUAAAUUAGUUUUCUGUCAAAUUAGGCCAUUCUAAUCAAUCUAAUAUAAUCCCGCUAUUCUUCUGUUAAAUUUCAUGCCACACCCGUAUACUUCGGGAGUUGGGACAUGUGUGAAGACAUCUUCAAGAUAAUUAGCCCAGUGGCUGGCUGUCAAAGUUAGCUGCAAGGAUCCUGUUAACAUGAGAAAGAGAGAAUGGGGAGAUAGGUUGAGAGAGGUGGAGAAGCGAGCUCAUUCUUAUCAACAGAGCCCCCUCUGCUCCCGAUAUCAACCCCGAUUGGCCCAGCCGUCCCAGCCCUCUCCAGUGUGGCAUCUUUUCCCUCGACAGAGCUCUGCCCUGGUCUUCGCACAGACCUGCAAAGAGGACGUUCAUGUGUUUGCUCUUGAGCGAGAAGGUGGUGGCAUGGGCCAGAGGAUCUACCUGGUGACCAGUUACACUGAGCUGUGGCACUACUACAGGACCUACAGACAGUCCCUAAUGCACUGCUAUGAGGUGAUCCCAGAGGGAGCUGUGUGUAAGCUCUACUUUGACCUGGAGUUCCAGAGAGCAUGGAACCCCGGCCUCAAUGGGGAGACUAUGGUGGCUCGCCUAAUUCAGUAUGUGUGCAAGAAGCUGAAUGAGGUCUACGGGUUGAACUGCUCCAGCAGUGAUGUGCUGAAUCUGGACUCCAGCACAGAGGACAAGUUCAGCCGUCACCUGAUCUUCCUGCUCCCUAAUGCCACAUUCAGGGACAACAGUCAUGUUGGUCGUUUCAUUCAUGCUAUCCUUACACCGGUGAAAAACAGCAGCCACCCAGCAGAGAGCCCUACCACCUGUACCAGUGAAGGUACACAUCCACCCGCUGCCAUGGAGUAUAUUCCCAGCACGGACCGAGGCAUGCCAGGAAGUCCGCAGCCCAAGAGGCAUAAACAUGGGGAGGAUGACCUCAGCUUUCUGUCGGUGAAAAACAAAGAGGGACAGACUCAGCUGUUUGUUGACCUCGGGGUCUAUACCAAGAACAGAAACUUUAGGCUAUACAAGUCGUCAAAGCUGGGGAAGAAUGCAGCCUUCAUAGUUGCCAAGGACAACCAGUAUGUUCCAAAACCUGACAAGCAUCUUACGGAGGAGAACAUCUUUCAGGCAUCUUUGAUCAGCAAUGUGAGCUACACGGGGCAGAGGAUUCUGACGUGGGACGCAUCCGAGCUGGAGAACCCCAAAGGGCCUCGGCCAGAGGGCCCCUCCAGAGCCCACGCCAGGCCAGAUUGUGUUGGAGGCCACCAGUACUCCCCCUACAGAGAAGUGGAUGACUUUGUGUUGACACUGCUGUGCAGAGAUAACGUCAAAGGAAGUAUACGGCAGUGGAACUACUUUGUGUCAGAGCAGCUGCUGGUCUAUGACAUUCUGCACUACCGCUGGUGCUACAACGUGGGCCGCUUUCACAAGAGCAACAACAUCAUGAUCCUAGUGGAUCUGAGGGAGGAGGUGUGGUAUCAGAAGUGCCACGACCCAGAGUGCAGGAGACAGAACUUCAGAUCCUCCAAUUAUCCGCUGCCAGAAGAUAUCUGCAUCAGUCAUCUGCUCAAAGAGGAUGAGGAGGACCAGCUGUAUCUGGUGGAUGACGAAGGGAACAUUGAGCUCAGCCAGAGACCGUGUCCUGAGGCAUCACCAGAGGGGGCCAAACCAGAGAGCAGUGGCCAGGUGGGAGCCAGCGCAGGCUGGGAGGACUGGGCUGAGGAUGACCCCUGUUACCUGGAGGCCCUGGAGGAGGUGGAGAGGAGCACCGAGGAGGUGUCUGAUGAACUGCUGCUCAUGGCAGCAGAUGAGUGGGAGAACAGAUGAGUGGGAGAACAGGAGAUGAUGACCGAGACAGGCCCUGCCAUGGGCACUUACUGCCACCAACAGACUGAGGAACUGGCGCUAUACAAAUCCAGACUGUUAUCUUUAUCGCUAUCAAAAAGAGCGACAAUGUUAAUCAAUAAGUAAUAGGUUUGUAUUAAUAAUUCUGACAGAAUGUUGGAGUGGUCCAUUGGAGUGGUUUUAAAAUUGAUGUAGGUGAAAAAUAUCACCCUUUUUGAAAACCAAUAUAGCUGUACAGAAAUGUUAUGCUUUAGUUUUAUUCCGUCUAUAAUGCAAAUAAGUGAUAUAGUAAUUAUCUUUUAUGCACACAAAUAGAAUAUAGUGAAUUAAAAAAGGCCAGGCCCAUGUCAAAUACACACAAAAUAGUGUUUAUUUGGUAUACCUUGAAAUAUGGAAAUAUAUGCAUCUUACAUUUGUACAAAAAUGUGAUAGACCAAGACAUUAAAACUCGACAGGUCCUCA